AUGACCCUAUGGACUGCCCCUGGCCCAAAUGGGUUCCCUUCUGGUUUUUACAAACAAAACCUGAAUUUGCUCGAAAAUGAUGUUUGGGAAACUGUUAAAAGUUUCUUCCAUUCCAAACAUUUAUUAAAAGAAAUGAAUCAUACAUUCAUUUCUUUAAUUCCUAAGGUGAACAAGCCUACCAGCCCUGCUGAUUUUAGGCCAAUAUCUCUUUGCAAUUCUAACUAUAAAAUCGUAUCCAAGAUUCUUGUUAAUCGAAUGAAACCAUUUUUAUGCAAACUUAUUUCUCCAUAUCAGGUUGCCUAUGUUCCUAGUAGAAAUAUUCAAAAUAAUGUGGUUAUUGCACAUGAGUUGGUUCAUACUAUGAAGAAUAAGAAAGACAGAUGUGGUGUCAUGGGACUUAAACUUGAUAUGUCUAAGGCCUUUGAUAGGGUAGAGUGGUCUUUCUUAAUACUUGUGCUUAAAAAAUUUGGAUUUUCAAAUCAUUGGUGUCAAUUGAUUCUUCGGUGUAUUAGUACAACAAACAUUUCCAUACUCUUGAAUGGUUCUUCUUGUCCUUCUUAUUCUCCCACUAGAGGUCUGAGACAAGGAGACCCCUUGUCUCCGUAUUUGUUUAUCUUUUGCAUGGAGUCUUUCUCUAGAUAUCUAAUCCAUACCGAGAACAAUAAUCUUAUCUAUAGUCUCAAAGUUACUACUGAGGCUCCGAGUAUAUCUCAUCUGCUUUUUGCAGAUGAUUGUUUACUCUUCACUAAGGCAACACAUGUUGAAACUAGUAACCUCAUGUCUCCGAUCAAAGAUUUUAGCUGUAUCUCUGGUCAAAUGUUAAACUUUGAGAAAUCUACCUGUUUUUUCAGCAAAAAUGUGCUCCCUGAUCAUUGUGCGUCUCUAAUUAAAUACAUGAAUGUUAGAAAGAUAGAGCUUAACGAAAAGUAUCUUGGUAUUCCUCUUUUUAUUACUAGAAACAGAACUGAGAGUAUGUCUCAUUUAAAUACUCACCAUGAUUCUAGAGUUUCUAAUUGGAAGGGAAAACAGUUAACUCAAUCUGGUAGAUCCGCCCUUGUCCAACAUACCCUAAAAUCCUCUUCUAACUACCAUAUAAACUAUUCCUUCUACCAGACUCUAUCAUUGAUAAUAUGGAGAAAUCCCAAAGGGACUUCUGGUGGGGAAAAAAUGGGCACAAAGGUUACUAUUUCAAAAAGUGGGAAAAAAAAUGGUUUCGACAUUAAUGCUUUUUCUGAUAAUUGGAUAUUAAACCCUAGUAUGCCUUUAUGUAUUAGUCUUCCCAAUCCUAAGUACAAGGUUUCUGAUUUCAUAAAUCAUGAGACGAAAUCUUGGAAUGUUGCUUUAGUUGAGGCUUUCUUCACUAGAGAAAAUAGUCAGAAGAUAUGUAGUAUGAGAAUCCCAGUCUCUGGAAGUGACACCUUAAUUUGGCCAUACAAUAGAAAUGGUACCCUAAUUGUGAAAUCAGUUUAUAAGCUGCUAGAUAAUGAGUUGCCUCACAACUUUAUUCCUAACCCAGAUCUAGAUACUCAGAAGGCUUUCUGGAAGUCUCAUCUGUUACCUAAAGUUCAACUAUUUCUUUGGAAGUGUGUUGAAAACAUCCUGUAUACAUGCAGUAAGAUAUUUAGAUUCAACAACAACCAUGAUAGUAUGUGCAAAUCUUGUCAAUCUGGAGCUAGUGAAACCCCGGAACAUAUGUUUUUGCACUGUGAUUUUGCUAGGAAUGUUUGGUCCAAUAUACCUUCUGUCAGUCAUGCUAUAACUCAGGAUUCUAAUGAUGAUAUUAGUAUAAAAGAUUGGAUAUCUAAAUGGUUAACUUCUAAGAAUCUGCAGGAUAAGUCUACUACUGUGUUGACUGCUGCCUGGUGCAUCUGGAAAGACAAAUGCUCCAGAGUUUUUGAGAAUAAAUCUUUGAAUUCUUUAUCCACUGCCAGAUCUGCCAUCAGAAUGGCUGGGGAUACUGCUAGUACCCUUGUUACUAUAACUACUCAUAAUGCUGACACAACUCUUGUUUAUGAGGAUAACUUUCUUAGCUCUAUCCCUCAAGACAAACUUCUUAUUUUCUGUGAUGCAUAUUUUGAAAAAGAUACUAAUAAUUCUGGUGUGGGUAUUGUGGUUAUGAACUAUGCAGGUGACUUCAAGGGUUGUAAACUAGUUGCAGGCAGAGAAGCUUGUCCUGAAGGUGCUGAGAGUAUGGAAAUCUUUGAAGCUGCUAGAUGGAUUCAAGCAAACAACUUCCAGAAUAUUUGCUUAAUUAGUGAUGCCAAAAAUGUUAUGGCUUAUCUUAAUAACUGCAAAGGCCAAACUAGUUGGACCUCUUGCUCUGUCUUAGAUGAUAGUCUAUUCCUCUUAAAGGAUAUCCAUUUUACUACUUACAAACACCUUAAGAGAAAUCUUAAUAGUGUGGUAGAUCUAGCUGCUAAACACAGUAGAAUUGAGAGAGUUUCAGGUGAAUGGGAUGCUUCCGAUGUUCCCUACUUUCUUCAGAAUGCUGUAAACUUGCAGUAA